AUGACCUCCGAUAACACUGCCUUGAACGCCGCGGCGGAAUAUCUCGCCAAUCCGCGCUUUCAUCAAACAACCACCAUCCCCUCAGGCGGCAAGCAUGGUGACGUUCUAAUCAGCUAUUCGGAAUGCGGACACUUAGAUUCUAGAAGUGAUGCCGAGACACCGACCGUUUUGUUCACCCCGGGCAUGUUUGGGUCGCGAUUCCUCGGCACGUUCAUGCACGCCUUUGGACAGAAGCACGGCGUGAGAGUCUUGGUCCCAGAUCGUUUUGGAUUUGGAAAAACGCCAAAUGUUGGUGCAGAGGAUCGUAUCAAGGACUGGGUAGCCAUCCUGCCCAAAUUCCUGGAGGCACUUGGCGUCAAGCACGUCGCGCUCGCAUCCCACAGCGCAGGCACACUCUACAACAUGAACCUCCUCUGGCACUCACGUCAGAUCUUGCACCCUCAGCAUCCCAUGGUCUUCUUCUUCGCCCCCUUCGUGGACGGAGCAUGCUCCAACGCGGCGCUCAUCUCCUCGCUACAGGUGUUUCCAGUCUUCGCCUUGUCGCAGUGGAACAAGCUGGCCAAAUUCUUUGUAGUUCAGGCAGGAGGAACGAUUGAGGCGUCGUCCGGUAUUAUGGGUCAGAUGGCCCAAGCCCUGACGCCUGGGAACCAAGAGCCCUCGGAGAGGGAGAAGAACAUGCGGGCCAUCGAACGUGAUUACGGGCCCGCGUACGAUACGCAAGUCGAGCUGGAGCGUCUCAUGGUUCGAGGCAUGUUUGAUCAAGAAACAGCUGGUGCAAACUGGGAAGCGGUCAACUGUCUCAAAAAGGGACCAAAAGGCUCGUGGGAUGAAGCCGAAAACAUGCAUGAUCUGGUCGAGAGAAUCGCUUCGAGAGAGAAGGAGACACACUUAAAGGGCCAGGCGGGAAAGCUCAGCGUAAGCAUCUAUCUUGCCGAGUCGGACAUCAUGACUGGUAAGAAGGGCCAAGAUUACUUCCGGUCGUGUUGGGAAGAAGCAGCUGCAGCACAUGAUCAGUGUGUGGACAUAAGAGCGAGAACUGUCGAGAAGACCAAUCACGACAGUGUUCUCACAAACGUAGAGACCUUGGCAGACAUGUUUAAGCUUGUGAGUGAAAUGAAGAGCAGCUAG